ACGGAUGGUCAAGCAAGAAAAUUGUGAAGGAUUUAGGUAACUCGACUUUACACCAAACCAACAAGAGAUAGUAGAAUAGAAACGAGAGAGCAGAGAUAAUAGAAACGCAACGAGGAGAUAAGAAAGAGUGAAAGAGUGAGUAUAGGAUUACAAAAUUUUAAAUUCAAAGAUAGAAAAAAUCUUUUGACCAGUCAUGAUUCUAUUAUGUCAAAAGGGCAAAAGCAAAUUACAAAAAGACUAGAGGUGCAGAUGAAAAUGUGAGGUGGUGCAGGGAGAAAAGAGCUCUUUCACAGCUCAUAUAAUCUUUUUUCCAUGUCACUUUAUCUCCGCUAGCAGUAAUGCUUUAACCUGAAAAAAUUUACCUUUCUCUCUCCUUCUUCCCCCUACUUGACCUCCCACAACGUUUACGCUGUCAACAAACUUCAGCAUCUUCCACACGGGAAAAUGAGUUUGAGAUAUGGUAGUGUGAGUUUUGUUGCUUUAGUGCUUUUGCCACUCAUGGCUUCUGCAGCUUCAGUUGUGAAGAACCUUCCUGGUUAUGAGGGCAACCUUCCUUUCAAGCUUGAAACUGGAUACAUCGGAGUAGGAGAGGAGGGAGUAAAUAUAUUUCACUUAUUUGUUGAAUCUCAAAGAAACCCCUUCAUUGAUCCAGUGCUACUAUGGUUUGUUGGAGGACCAGGUUGUUCUGCACUAUCAGCGUUCUUUUUUGAAAAUGGGCCUUUAAUAAUGAAUGGUGAUAACAGUGGAAACCUUCCAACACUUGAGUUGAACCCAUAUGGGUGGUCACAAACAUUGAAUAUGCUAUACAUAGAUAUGCCAGUCGGCACAGGAUUUUCAUACUCAGAAACCCAACAAGGCUAUUACAGUAAUGACACGUUAUGGGUUGACCAUACUUAUGAGUUUCUACAAAAGUGGUUUAUUGAUCAUCCAAAGUUUAACUCAAAUCCAUUCUACAUUGGUGGUGGUUCAUAUUCAGGAUUAAUUACAGGACCUCUUGUUCAAAAGGUGUAUGAAGGUUAUAAAGCAAGACACAAGCCACUCAUCAACAUCAAAGGUUACGUACUUGCGAGCCCAGCUGUUGACCAGUUUCAAGAAGAAAACAUGAAAAUUGUGUAUGCAUACCAAAGGAGCCUUAUAUCUGAAGUACUCUAUAAGUCUAUGAAAGAAAACUGCAACGGUGAUUAUGUAAACAUCGAUCCACAAAACACGAAGUGUGUCUCAGAUUAUGAAGCUUAUUCUGAGCUUGUUCGUUACAUAAAUGAACAACAAAUCAUGGAACCUCUUUGUGUUACUACGCCUGGUUUGAAACGAGAAAUGCUACAAGAACUUCAAGCUCCUCCAACAUUUUGGUGUAGAAGCUAUUAUCAUAUCUUUGUCGACAAAUGGGCAAACGAUGAAAAUGUGAGGAAGGCCCUUCAUGUAAGAAAGGGAACUAAAGAGGAAUUCCUGAGAUGCAACAGGACAAUGGCAUACGCCCAAACUGUGCAAAACUCAGUACAAUAUUAUCGGAAUCUCACAAAAGCCAACCUUGAAGCUCUCGUUUACUGUAGUGAUCUUGAUAUGAGUGUUCCACAUCUGGGUACACAACAUUGGAUCAAUUCGUUCAACAUGACCAUACGUGACAAAUGGCGUGCAUGGUUUGUCGACGGUCAAGUUGCCGGGGAUGUUGAAAAGGAAAUCACAGAAUUAUGAUGGACAAAUCAAGUUAUGAACAAGCGCAAAAAGUCUUCAAUGUUCAAGUCAAUAAGAGUUCAAAGAGUAUGGUAUAUGAUAAUACAGUAAGUAAUGGAAAAGAAUUGAGUGACUACUUCAUGUGGUGAUAGCUUCUAUUUAUGGACUUCUUAGGCCCUUGAAUAAUCAUGAAAGAAAUUUAAUUACCUGAAAUAAAUUCAAUUACAUAUAAUCUUUUAUAAGAUUAUUUGUUAUUAAUAUAUCAUUUGGUAACACAAAACAUAGAAUACUUUUAGCUAUCUUCUUACAUAACCAAAUAUAUCUUGUAAAGACCUUCUCCCACUCUUCACGUGUACUCUAAGCUACAGCUUCACACCUUCAAGCCGAGAUAUCACAGGUACUUGUCUCUCAAAAGUUGAAACGAGUGUGUUAUAGAAGACACUCUGGUGUUCAAGUCAGUCAAGUGCAUCAAACAAUUUUAAAUAUAAUAAGUCUUGAACGUAAUUAAUUUACCUUGUGCACUCGGUUAUUUAUACCAUGUUUAUAGACUUUUACUUGGAUGUGCCUGAUCU